AUGUGGACAAUCAGUGAUUUCCCAGCUUACUCAAUGUUGUCUGGCUGGAGUACAGCGGGGAAACUAGCAUGCCCAUACUGCAUGGAAGAUUCAGAUGCUUUCACUCUGACAAAAGGUGGGAAGACAUCAUGGUUUGAUAAUCAUAGUAAGUUUUUACAGCCAAAUCAUCCUUACAGAAGGAACAAGAAGUGGUUCCUGAAGGGAAAAUUAGUAAAGAAAGCUACUCCUCAAGUGAAAUCUGGCAUUCAAAUACUUGAAGAAAUUGAGAGCUUCGGGCUUCAAAAGAUCACAGAAAUAGAUGGAGAGGAAAUAAAUUCUGAUAUUAAAAAGCAUUGUAACAAACGUGGAUGGAAGAAAAGAAGUAUAUUUUGGGAUUUGCCUUAUCGGAAGACAAUCCUCAUUAGGCAUAACUUGGAUGUAAUGCACAUUGAGAAGAACUGCUUUGAUAAUAUUUUUAAUACUGUGAUGAAUGUGUCUGGCAAAUCAAAAGACAAUGCAAAAUCCAGAGAAGAUUUGAAGGAAUUUUGUGAUAGGCCUGAGUUACAUAUGGAUGAAAGAACAAAGAGGUUUCCAAAGGCAUGUUACAUUCUUGAUAGAAAACAAAAAGAAGAAUUAUGCAAUUGGUUGAAGGAACUUAAAUUUCCAGAUGGAUAUGUCUUAAAUAUGGACAGAUGUGUCGACCAACGCAGAUUGAAAUUGUUUGGCAUGAAAAGCCAUGAUUGCCAUGUUUUCAUGCAACGAUUAAUACCCAUUGCAUUUCGAGAGCUACUUCCACCAAAUGUAUGCGAAGCAUUAACAGAGUUGAGCAUUUUUUUUAAAGAUCUCACUGCUAGAGUCAUUAAAGAUGAGGAUAUGAAAAGAUUGGAAUGGGAAAUCCCAAUUAUUUUGUGUAAUUUUGAGAGAAUAUUUCCUCCAAGCUUCUUUGAUUGCAUGGAACAUCUCCCAGUUCACUUAGCCUACGAAGCAAGAAUUGCUGGACCGGUACAAUAUAGAUGGAUGUAUCUACGUAGAUUGAAGAAUAACGUGAAAAAUAAAGCUCAUGUUGAAGGAUCAAUUUGUAAUGCAUAUCUUGUCAAAGAAAUAUCAUCAUUUUGUGCACAUUACUUUGACUCACAUAUUUGCACAAGACAUCGAAAAGUGGGAAGGAAUGAUGACAAUAUUAAUUUUGAUAUGCAAGCAUAUCCUGGAAUUCUUUCAAUUUUUAAACCAUCUGGUACGCAUCUGGGUCCAGAAAAAAAAAGACGUUUAGAUGAAAAGGAAUAUCAUGCUGCUCGGACAUAUGUUUUAUUAAAUUGCGAUGAAGUUCAACCAUACAUCAAACAAUAUGAAGAAUGGUUAAGGGCAAAUCAACCUAAUAUUCAAGAUCAUGAAGUUGACCAUCUGUUGGAAACAAAGUUUGCUUUGUGGUUUGAUAAUUAUGCACACCAUCCUAGUUCAGGGAUAAUGAAUGAAUGGUUAAAAUGCCUUGCCUCCAAACCAAUGCAUAAGGUUAAAACAUACAAUGGUUAUUGUGUAAAUGGCUACAAAUUUCAUACAGAAAAUCGUGGAUAUUCUAAGAGCACAAUGAAUAGUGGAGUGUGCAUUAAGGGAUCCAAUUUAUGUGCUAGUGAGCUCGAGUAUUUUGGGAAAUUGGUCGAGGUGGUGAAGUUGGAGUAUGAAGGAUGGCCAAUGAAAGAGGUCGUACUGUUUAAAUGCACUUGGUUUGAUCCGACACUACGAAUUGGUACCAGGAUUCACCCACGAUAUAAGCUCAUUGAUGUUCAUAAGAAUAAAGCAUUUAACAAAUACGAGCCAUUUAUUCUUGCAACUCAAGCUGCACAAGUUUUUUACUCUCCAUAUCCUUCAUUAAGAAAAUCUUGUAAUGAUUGGUUGGCGGUUUGUGCAAUUAAGGCAAGAUCUAUCGUUGAGGUAGCUGGUACACAAGCGCCAUCAAUUUGUAAUGCUUUUCAAGAAGAUGAAGUACAAGUACAUGAAAUUGAAAAUCAUGAUGAAGAAUUAUCUCUAAAUUCUUCCGACGGUGCAUUCAUUGAAAUUGAUGGUAUGGAUAUUGAUGAAGAAGUAAGCCAAGAAGGAGAAGUGAGCGAAGAAGAUGAUGAAGAUGAAGAAGAGGAAGAUGAAGUAGCUGUUUUUUAUGAUGAAGAUGGAUACUAA